GAUAAAUCGUUGGUGGAUUCCUGAUUCCCAUCACCCUGUGCCAUGGAGAGCAAGCCAAGUGCAAGUGCUGUGCCCACUCUGCCCCUGCCAGAGUUGCCUUCGGAAAAUGUAGAGGAAGUGGAUCAUUGCGGACAGGCGACCCACAAGGUCUUGAAUCAGUCCAGUCCCUUCAGCAAUUUCAACGCCUUCGCGGACCUUGCGCUCCGCAGCGGCGUGGCCAUGCACAGCGGCCUCUGGGGUUUUCAGGCGCUGGAGCAGCUGGGAGCGAAGGUUGGAAGCGAGGAAUGGCAGCAAAAAGCCACUGAUGCAAACCGUCAGGUGCCGCGCCUGGAGAACUUCGAUCGUUUCGGGCAGCGGAGAGAUGCGGUGGCCUUCCAUCCCGCGUAUCACGAGUUGAUGGAGCUUGGGCUCUCCUCCGGCGCGGCAGCCUUCGCAUGGCAGAACUUCCGAAGGCCUGGAGCUCAUGUGAUCAGAGGUGCCUUGAUGCACCUGAUGUAUCAGUUGGAUCAAGGAGUUUGCUGCCCCAUCACCAUGACCUUUGCAGCGAUUCCUGCUCUGGACAUGGCGAUGGUGGACAGGAGCAAGUCGGAGACGGCUGCAUUUCUACGAAGCUUCAGAGAGAAGCUGACUUCUGGGAAGUACUGCGCCAAAGAUGUGCCAAUCUCCUCCAAAGAUGGGGCCACCUGUGGCAUGUCUAUGACUGAGAAGCAAGGAGGUUCAGAUGUGCGAGCCAACAUGACGGAAGCCAAACCUGUCGUACCUGGGAAGGCAGCAGCAGGUGAUGCCUUUUGGUUGGUUGGGCACAAGUGGUUCACAUCAGCACCGAUGAGUGAUGCCUUCCUCACCCUGGCCCAAAGCAAAGAGGGUGUGAGCUGCUUCGUUGUUCCACGCUGGCGGCCAGAUGGACGAAAAAAUGCUGGCUUCAAUGUUCAGCGCCUGAAAGAGAAGAUCGGAGACAAAUCGAACGCAUCCAGUGAGGUGGAAUAUCGCAACGCUUGGGGCGUCAUGAUUGGAGAGCCUGGCCGUGGUGUCAGGACCAUUGUUGAGAUGGUGGUCCACACGCGCUUGGAUUGUGUCAUAGGCAGCUCGGCCCUAAUGCGAUUGAGUGCCCAGCUGGCCUUCCAUCAUGCGACUGAGCGUUGGGCCUUCGGGCGGCCGUUGAUUCAGCAGCGCUUGAUGCGACAUGUCCUGGCGGACUUAGCCCUCGAAUCCGAAGCCGCCAUGGCCACCUGGUUGCGCCUGGCUCGAGCCCUCGACCAACAGGAAGCUGAUUUGGCCAGGAUUGCCACGGCCAUCAGCAAGUAUUACGUUUGCAAGCGUUCACCACUCGUGGCCUAUGAAGCCAUGGAGUGCCACGGGGGCAAUGGCUAUGUGGACGACUCGCCCAUCGCACGGCUCUUUCGACAAGCGCCACUGAAUGCCAUUUGGGAAGGCUCUGGCAAUGUGAUAUGCCUGGACAUCCUGCGAGCCUUGCGCAAAGAGCCGGAGACGGCCUCGGCCAUCCUGGCUGAACUGCAGAGAGCCUCGGAGCUCCUUAGCUCGAGCAGCCAAAGAGCUGGAGAGGUGGGGAAGGGCUACCUGAACACCAUAGAACACAUCAAAGUGGCUUUGUCGGAUCCUAUGGACAGCAACUUUGGUCGCGAGAGCGCAGAUCAGCUGGCCAUUUCUUUCCAGGCAAGCUGCCUCCUUCAAUACGGCGAUCCCUUGGUGGCUGAAGCAUUUUUGGCCACUCGCUGGACUCAGCUGGGACUGACAACGCAGUCUUUGGGAAGCGCCACGUCGUCGUUGCCAGAGAGUCUUAUUGAUCAUCUUUUGGAGCGACUUCGAAUGUCCCCCAGUCCUCGCCUUUGAAGUCGAGCCUGGGGAUCCGCGCAGGCGGAAAACUCCAGGGCCCUUCUGGGCCCACGGAAAGCUGAGAUCUGGAAAAA